AUGGGAAGAGGUCAAAUCGUUCAAAAAUUGGUUGAAUGUUGUUUAAGAAUGAAUGCACAACAAAGAGAGUUGAUAAAGAUAUUGAAUGCAGCAGUAUUACCAAACGUUCAAACUGAUAUCAAAGAUAUUGUAAACAAGUUAUUAUAUCUUGAACAUAAUAUUACAGAGAACAAAAAGUAUUCAAUGUGUGGUGCGAUUAUCUUACAAAAAUUGUUAUUCUUUAAUGUUGAUUACACUCAAUAUAUUAUCGAUAGUUUUAUGAAAUUGGAAAGCGAUCAGUUGGUGGUGAUGGCAGUCGAUCCAGUCGGUAGCAAAGUAUUGGAUGCAUUCUUGGAUUGCGGUAUCACAGUAGAGAGAAAGCACCAGUUCAUCAAAAAGUUAAAGGGUAGAUUCCCAGAUAUAGGUGUUGAUAAAUGCGGAUCCUUUGUAAUGGAGAGAAUCUACAAGUUAUCCGAUCUCAGUCUUAGGGAGAUGAUCUGUGAGGAGUUGGCCAAAGAAGAGCCACGUCUGUUCAGCACACCCGCUGGUCGUUAUGUUCUCUUGAUCUGUCACAUCAACGUCUUUAAGAAAAAGAAGGAUCAAUGGGCAAGUUCGCAAGCAACCACCGAUAAAAAGAGAAAACUCUUCCAAGAUAUCUUAGAGGAUGAUGGUGCCAGUACUACCAGCACCAAACAACAACAACAACAACCACUAAAGAAACAAAAGAAUAUUUAUCAACAUUCUAACAAAGAUGAAAAUGAAGAUGAAGAUGAAGAUAAGGUACCAGUUAAAGUUAAAAAAGAAAAGAUUGGUAGCGAUGAUAUGAAUGAUCAAUCAAAUCAAGAUGCAGAUAUGGAUGAUAUUGACAUGAUUUUUAACUCAAAGAGUAAAUCUUCAAAGUCGACGACAAAUUCAUCUCAAAAUUUCAGCAUUGGAAAGAAUAAUUCAAAGAAUAACAACGAAAAGAAAAAGUUUAAUAAAAAGAAAUGA